AUGGCUCAAGUCGAAUCUUCCUACGAAAAGGUUUUCUCAGACCUCAAACAGAAGCUAGAAAAGCCAGAGCAGUUUGCCUUGGGAAGCAAUGAUAUACGGAGUGCAGCCAUCCAGGCCGCCAAAUCCGUGUUCGAUGUCUCCUUACGGGAAGAGUCGUUUUCAAUAAAGCAUAUCAAUGCACUACUAUCAUCCCUCACCCCAUUCGAAGCACCGCAAACCCGGUCCAAGUCCAAAGCAGGCAACACGAACCAACCGUCCGCCCCAAGCCUUUCCUUCAACCCAACGCCCCUUGCUUCCCUAUUCGUCGACGACUUGGAGGAAGAACAAGUAUGGGCUCAACUUGAGCUCCGCACUAAACAUAUUUGCGAUCUGUUAGACGUUGUUCUGGAGGGAGAACUUGCAGAUCCUGACGAAAAUGACGAAAUCCGACAAGCGCUGGAAUCUGGCGGAUUCUCCUUCGAUGAGGAUGACGAGGACGAGGAUGGAGAAGACGAUGAACUUGGCGAGGAUGAAGAUGAUAUACAGGAGGAUGAUUCUGAAGAAGAAUCGGUCGACGACAGCGAGCUGUUGGAAGAUGGUUUUCAAGACGAGAGCGACGAAGUUUCGGACGAGGACGAAAUUGACGGGGGACAUCAGUCUCGCGCAGUAUCAGACUCCUCUGAAGAAGACGAACCGUCGCCACCUCCAGCGCGGAAACAGCGACAUCGCAAGUCAGAAGUAGAUGACGACUUCUUCGACUUAUCUGAAUUUAAGGCAGAGGUUGAGAGGGCGGAGGCGAAAUCCUCGUCGCGAGGCCAUUUGGCGGCGGACGACGACUCGGAUGAUGAAUUGGACGACGAUAUCGACCUUUUUGCUCCGGUAGACGAGGAAGGAGACACGGAAGCAGAUGAUGCUAAAGAAAUCUUCUACAGCGACUUCUUCGAGCCCCCCAGGGAAACCACGAAAAAGCCAUCUAAGGCUUUACAAAACGUUCGGUUCCAUGACCAGGUGAACGUCAAGAAAACAGCUGCGAAGAAACGAACACUGGAUGACCUGAUAGAGGAACACGAGUCCGGUUCUGGUUCUUCAUCCCCGGAAAGCGGGGAAGAGGAAGAGGAAUCCGAGUUCGAGUCGGACGACGCGUCCUCGAUGAGUGCGCAAGACCGGGUGAGGACGACGAUCGAGCGGCUCAAAGACGAUCUGUUCGCAGAUGACGACGAGGAAGGUCCUGAGAAAGAUAUGACAACCUACGAAAGACGCAUGGCAGCGUUACAAGCGCAAAUCUCGGAGCUCGAGCAGGAGAAUGUUGGUCGCAAGGACUGGGCGCUGAUGGGUGAAGCCGACUCUCGUGCACGCCCACAGAAUUCUUUGCUUGAAGAAGACCUCGACUUCGAUCGUGUUAUGAAGCCAGUGCCUGUCAUCACAGAAGAAAAGGUCCAGUCUCUGGAACAGUUGAUCAAGACGAGAAUUUUGGAAAAUCGGUUCGAUGAUGUGGUCAGAAUACGACCUAUGGAUGACAAGGCUUUCCUUCCAUCGAGAAUAUUGGAGCUUCAAGAUUCCAAGUCAUCUCAGUCGCUUGCCCAGAUCUACGAGGACGAAUACAUGGCUGCCCAAGGGGAUACUUCCAAAGUCGACGACCGUGACGGCAAGCUCAGGAAGGAGCAUGAAGAGAUCGAGUCACUCUGGGACAAACUCUGCGAAAAGCUUGAUGCGUUAAGCAAUGCCCAUUUCGUUCCAAAACAACCGAAAUCCCUUAUAUCUGCGGUUUCCGAUGUCUCAACUGCAACAUUGGAAUCGGCCCUUCCAACGACCAAGUCGGCGACGUCCAUGCUUGCGCCAGAAGAAGUAUUCGCCGCCGAACCUUCUCAACUACGCGCUCGAAGCGAGCUUACACCCGCAGAGAAACGAGCUCUGCGUACAAAGGAGCGCAAGCUCAAAAAGAAACAGAGGGAUAUGUUAGAGAAGACGGUCGACAAAACUGCAAAGGCUCGGGGUGUCGGAGGGGUGAAGAAGCAGAAAGAAGCGGCCUUGGCCAGCAUCGCGAAGCAUGGAAAAGGCGUGACGGUCGUCGGAAAAUCCGCGAAAGACCUCAAGUCUCUGGCGGGAAAGCGGUCCCAGAAGUCAUCAUGA